AUGUCCAAGUCGCGCAUGCCCUUGAUCCUCGGCCUCGGUGCCGCCGGUGGUGUCGGCUACUACCUCUACAACUCUGGCGGCAACGCCAAGGCCGCCGAGAACAAGUUUGAGAGCGACCUUCACAAGGCCCGCGCCAAUAUCAGGUCGGCCAUUCCCGGCACGGGCUCGUCACCCGACGCCGAGAGAAAGCUUGAGACUGCCGCCUCCGAGGCUGGUGCCAAACUCGACAAGGCUGGUGCAAAGAUCGACAAGGCUUGGCAGAAGGCUGACCAGCAGGUCGGCCAGGCCAAGGAUCACGCCGAGGCCUACGUCAAGGACGCCAGAGCAGAGGCCCUCAAGGCCGUCGACAAGUUCGACAAGACAGUCGAAAACGGCGCCUCCAAGGCCAAGAGCGGAAUAUCUAGCUGGUUCGGUGGCAAAUAA